CUUUACUGUGGAUUGGUAACUCGCACCAUGCUGCUGUUUUGCCUUCGCUCAGUCUGAGGCAAAAGGACGCUGGCGAGAUACUCAUCGCAGUGAAAGUAAGAAAAAAGAGGAAAAGGAAGGUUCUUCAUCAUCACCAAGUGUACUCAUGAAAGUGUUGGGCGGCUACACUGUGUCUAAAACACUAACUGAAGACACCAUGAACGCGGUCAUCGAUUUGCCUUUACAUGGAAUGAUGAAGGAGUCUUUGGGCGACCAGGUCUGUAACGUGGAGAAACCAUCAGGCCAGUCUUCUGGAAAUGGCAUCAACAGGUGGAGGAGUUUGUUUCUGCAAAUCCGCCGGAGGAGCGCCACGCAGUGCGACAGCUCAGAAAGCUGCUGCUCUCGAGCCGUGCUCUUCGGACAGCCGCUUUCCAACAUCUGCGAGGACGGCGUGCGUCUUCCCACACCAAUCAAAGACAUUCUCGUGCUGCUGUAUAAAAAUGGUCCCUCGGUGGAGGGCAUUUUCCGGAGGGCUUGUAACAUCCGAGGUAUGAGGGGGAUCAAGGAGCAGCUGAACAGUGGAGAAGAAGUGAACAUGGAGGAGCAGUCAGUCAUCCUGCUAGCUGCUCUCUUAAAGGACUUUCUGAGACACAUCCCAGGUAGGCUGCUUGUGGAGGAGCAGUACCAAGCCUGGACAGCAGCGCUAGACAUCGAAAACGUCCAGGAGAAAUGCAAACAGUUGAAGUUGGUUCUUGACAGUCUUCCGAAGCCCAACAUCCUGCUGCUUCAGUACCUGCUGUGUCUCCUCCUGCGAAUCAGUAAGGACUCCAGCACAAAUAUGAUGGAUGCUAAAAAUCUCGCCGUCUGUAUAUCGCCCAACCUUCUCCAGCAGGACAGUGUGGAUGCAGUCGAGAAGGUUACAUCCCUCACUCAGUUCCUAAUUGAAAACUGUUGCGAAAUAUUUGGAGAAAGCAUCGGAACCCUACUUGAUGAUUGCGAUGAGGAAGAACUUCCUGAUAACUUAGAUUCGCUGUCUCUGUAUCAGCAAGACUCGGCCUAUGACAGCCCUGAUCCGGAUGCUGAUAUUGGAGAUGCCAUAAGAGACCAUCAGACCAUCAAAGUUCGAAAAGGUCCACAGCAGUUAAGCCCAGGUGCUGUCUCAAAGCCCUUCAACAGGAGAUGCUCGGAACCCAUCAUCUACCCAUCCGCAGUAUUGAAAACCAAUAUGAUGCUUACCAGAAGUCAUGAUGAUUUCUCAAUGGAGAAUGCUGACCUGGUUGACCCCUUGCUGAAGAAGCAGAACUCGGACGACUCCUUUCUGUUCGCCAGACGUGGUGGGAGAAAGCAACUGCCCUUACAAAAGUUCAGAGGUAGUUCAGCCAUGGAGACCCCCAGGACUGUGUCCCCCAAGGACAGCUCCUACUCAUCUUCCUGCUCCCUGGAAAGUGCCUCCUCCAACAUUUCAGAGGACUCCGUUUUUGGUGGCACCUCCACAACCUCCAGCGUCACUCUCCAAAAGGCUGGCCCCAGCCCCCAGUCAUUCUCCAGCAUCUGCAUUGAGGAUGUGGAAAAUAGAGGGAAGGUGGCAAAGAGACGCCCUCUUUCGCUAAGGAUGGAGAAGAAGAAAGGCAAAAACAGGGGGAGCAUGAAGAAAGAGAGCAACGAAGUUGACGUGCCACUUUCCAAUGACAUCCUUGAGCAGGAGGUCCAAGAAAUUGCAGAACGUGUCAAGCCACGCACCCGACCACGAUCCUUGUCCGCCAUGGAGGUCUUCCAGCUGGUGGACAGUAGAAGACCCAGCAGACCCCCAUCAUACAUAGAAGCUGUCAGCAGCAGUGAACUUCCUCCUUCCCAGCAGUCCAAACCCAUAACUGUGCAGGAUGCCAGAAACAUGUCAACAGACAGAAAGUCCCGUCCUUCCUCCAUGAUCGACAAUGUGUUCAACACUUCUCCUACCAGCUUCCUUGCAGAGGGCUACAGUGUGACAGAAGAGCAAACUGCCAUGGUGACACAAUCUGUGGUCUUCCGUCCAAGGGCCAUGUCUGAAUCGGUAUCCAGAAGUCACCACGAGAGACUGUCCCGUAGAGUCAGUCAACCUCUGUUUGAGGAAAUGCUCAGUGCCAAGGAGUCCUACGUGUAACCUAUGUACAUAAUUAGUAGGGAUGUGUGCAAUUCUUUCUCUUUCACAUGUGCAACUUUUAGGUUGGACUAUUAAGUAGUACAGUUUAAGUACAGAUUUCG